AGUGAUAAGAAAUUGGUGUUUUCAAAAAACGAGUUUUAUUUAUACUGCUUUACUUCCGAAAUUCUGAUAAAUUGUAAUUCGUAUUGAAUUUGGCCGUUAUUAUUUCAUUCAGUUAAUAUUUGAGUCGUGUCGAACAUCAUGGUGACAGUUUAAGAGAAAUUCCGUUUAGUUCUCGUUGACUUCGUUGGGGCAAUGUCGAUCGUUAACCAUGGCUGCCAAAAAAGUAUUGAUCAAAUCCAAAUUUGAAGAAGGCGAAAAAGUGCUGUGCUACGAGCCAGACCCUGCGAAAACUAAAGUUCUUUACGAUUCCAAAGUUUUAAGAGUGGUGCCUGAAAAAGAUGACCAAGGUCGCAAAUUUUGCAAAUUUCUCAUUCAUUUUCAAGGAUGGAAUUCCACAUGGGAUAGAUAUGUUACUGAUGAAUUCAUACUGAAAGAUACAGAAGAAAAUCGCAAGCUUCAAAAAGAACUGGCCGAAGAAGCUCAACUUACACCUGGUGGAAAUUUGUACAGAAAAGAACGGAAGAAACGAGUAGUUAAAUCCGAACCUAAACCUUUAGUAAUAGAGCCAGCUAUAAUUGCUAUAGAUGAUAAGUCUAUGGUGGAAGACGAAAAUGUACCAGUACCUAUUGAUACAAUACUAUUACCUAAAAGAAGGUUACCAGACCUUGAGUUUCCAGAUAAUUUAAAAUUCCAUACUGGAUAUAAUUGUUAUUUAGCACACGAAAAGAAUAUAUUGGUUCAGUUACCUUGUCAACCUAAUGUGGUUACACUACUUGAAAGUUACCUUAGGUAUUUAGCAAGAAAUAACUUCAGUGACAAUAAAGCAACCAAAAAAAAACGUCAACCUGAAGUAAUUGACAAAAAACAGCUAGAAAAACGUUACAUCAUUUGUGUAGAAGUAUUAGAUGGUCUAAGGAUUUGUUUUAACACUUUCUUAUUCAGAAAGUUAUUAGUUAACGAAGACGAACAAGCCCAAUAUUAUGAGGCAUUAAAAGUGACUCUCCAACCACCCGUAAACAAUAUUAUUUCACAGAACUGUGAACAAGACUAUGAUAAUGUACCAAAUGACGAAGAAUUGGAAAGCCUCGAAAACAAAAACAAUGUUAAAGUCAAACGGGAAAACACACGCAGUUCAACCAGUCAAUAUGCUAGUUCUCAAAAGACUUCUUCUGAUCGCAGUUUAACAAAAUCUCAGUGUUCAAAAAUUGUAAAAGAUACAUUUGAAAAAGCCCGUGAUGAGUAUGUAUCAAAAGCAGACUCUUGGAAAGCUGUUCCUGACAGUGCAUACGAUGAAGAAAUAAAACAGCCAGCUAUUGUAUAUGGUGUAUAUCAUCUUUUAAGACUUUUAGAAAAUUUGCCAAAAAUAUUGGCAAACACUGAAGUGGAUGGUGAAAAACUUUCAAUCGUAUAUUCAUACAGUAAUGGACUACUGAAGUACCUCUCAACUCAAACUCAUUUGUUUGGGAUGCAGUAUUAUGUGAAAAACGAGAUGGACGAUACGGUAAAAUCAAGUGGUCCUGUUCGAAAUCACAGAAAUCUUAAGAAUAUUUAAGUUGUUUUAAGAUACCCUCUAUAUAUAAAUCCAUUAUAUAUAUUAUACAAAUAAAUGUUCAGAGAGUGGAUGCAUUAAAUAACCGUCAAUUAUUUAUGAAAAUAAUAAGUU